AAAAAAAAAAAAAAAAAAAAGAAAAACCUCUUGUUGAUAAGGAGGUUUUACUAUCCCUGCUUACAAACAGGAGAACCAGAGCUCCCAGCAGAGGGGUAGGAAACGUGGCAGAGCUGUAAUUUGGAAUCUGGCUCCAAAGGGCAGGAUUAUUUCACUUUAGCUGCACUGCCCUUCAGUUCAAGGACCUGAGCCCUUCAAUGUGGGAAGGUUGGGAAGAGCGUAUGAUGAUCUGGGCAAAACACGAAGCAGUUGUGCUCUUGUACGCAGCACUGUUCUGAUUUGCUUUUGUUCUGAUAGAAAUCUUGUUGGCUCUUCCACUCAUUAGGUUCUUCUGGUUGGGCUCAGACCUGCUGUGACGAGCCUGUAAAUCUGAAAAUGAACCCCACGGGUAUAGCAGACACCACCCUGGAUGAAAGCAUCUAUAACAAUUAUUAUCUUUAUGAAAGCAUCCCCAAACCUUGCACCAAGGAAGGUGUCAGGGCAUUUCGGGAGCUCUUCCUGCCCCCGCUCUACUCCUUGGUCUUUCUGUUUGGUCUGCUUGGAAACUCUGUGGUGGUUCUGGUCUUGUUCAAGUACAAGCGGCUCAAGUCCAUGACCGACGUGUACCUGCUCAACCUUGCCAUCUCGGACCUGCUCUUUGUGCUCUCGCUCCCCUUCUGGGGCUACUAUGCCGCAGACCAGUGGGUGUUCGGGCUCGGACUCUGCAAGCUAGCUUCCUGGAUGUACCUGGUGGGCUUCUACAGCGGCCUAUUCUUCAUCACACUCAUGAGCAUCGAUAGGUACCUGGCCAUUGUGCACGCAGUCUUCUCCCUGAGAGCGAGGACCUUGACGUAUGGGGUCAUCACCAGCGUGGCCACGUGGGCAGUGGCUGUGCUCACCUCCCUCCCAGGCCUUGCGCUCAGCACGUGUUAUACUGAGUUCAACCACACCUACUGCAAAACCAAGUAUUCUUUCAACUCCACGAGGUGGAAGGUUCUGAGCUCCCUGGAGAUCAACAUUCUAGGGCUGGUGAUCCCCUUGGGGAUCAUGCUGUUCUGCUACUCCAUGAUCAUUAGGACCUUGCAGCACUGCAAAAAUGAGAAGAAGAACAAGGCAGUGAAAAUGAUCUUUGCCGUGGUGGUCCUCUUCCUGGGGUUCUGGACCCCUUACAAUGUGGUGCUCUUCCUGGACACCCUGGUGGAGCUAGAGGUCCUUCAAGACUGCACCUUUGAGAGACACCUGGACUAUGCCAUUCAGGCCACAGAGACCCUGGCUUUUGUUCACUGCUGCCUUAAUCCGGUCAUCUACUUUUUCCUGGGGGAGAAAUUUCGCAAGUACAUCGUACAGCUCUUUAAAGCCUGCCGGGGCACUUUGGUGCUCUGCCAGUACUGUAGGCUCCUCCCGAUUUACCCCGACACCCCCAGCUCAUCUUACACACAGUCCACAGUGGACCACGAUCUCCACGAUGCUCUGUAA